CCUACAUACAAACACCUAAAUUUUCAAAUAAGCAUACCUUAACUUCCUUUCCAAGUUUCCUCAAAAAAAAAGCAACUUCCAUUCGAAGAAUCAACUCAAGCCGUCAUUCUCCAACAAUUAUCAACCUCAGCCUCUCAUCAGAAAACAACAACGAUUGCAGAAGUUUCUCCCGGCGAGCGACGUGCGGUUUGUUCUGAUUCAGAUGGAAAACCAAAGGAGUAACAGCAGCAGCAGUUGUGUAGCAAGUAGCAACUACAGUUAUAUUAAUGACAAAGAUGAUAUAGAUGUAAAUGAGAACAAUAAGCAAUGGAAAGCUGAAGAAGCAAUUGCUGGAAACCAAGCGGCACUCGAAGCUUUACGUGAAUUUAUACUUUCCCCCCUCUUUUAUUCACAAGAAGCUAAAAUUCUCGGUCUUACAUGGCCCAAAGGUUUGCUUAUGUAUGGUCCACCUGGAACCGGGAAGACAAGUUUGGUGCGAGAAGUUGUUAAGGAAUGUGGUGCACUUUUAAUUGUCAUCAGUUCGCAGUCUGUUCAUAGAGCUUAUGCUGGAGAAAGUGAGAAAAUUCUGCGUGAGGCAUUUUCAGAGGCAGCAUCUCAUGCACUCACAGGCAAACCGUCCGUAAUUUUCAUAGAUGAAAUAGAUACACUGUGUCCACGCCGUGAUUCAAGACGGGCGCGGGAUGUUCGCAUAACCUCUCAACUUUCUUGUUUAAUGGAUGCAAACGCACGGCCAUCUAAUUCCUUAGCUCACGUUGUUGUGGUUGCAUCAACUAACAGAGUUGAUGCAAUUGACCCUGCACUAAGAAGGGUAGGGCGUUUUGACUCUGAAAUAGAAAUUACGACACCUACUGUAGAAGAGAGAUUCCAUAUAUUAAAGCUCUACACUAAAAAUCUUCCUUUGAAACCCAAUGUUGACUUGCAAGCCAUUGCUGCAUCUUGUAAUGGGUAUGCUGGUGCUGAUCUACAUGCUUUAUGUCGUGACGCCAAGGAUUUUGCUAAAGGAAACGCUGGUGUGUUUUGCUUAACUAUGGAAGAUUGGGAACAUGCUAGAUCUGUGAUUGGCCCUAACAUAACAAGAGGUGUGACAGUGGAAAUCCCCAAGGUGCGCUGGGAAGAUAUUGGCGGACUGAAGGAUGUGAAGGAAAAGCUCCAACGAGCUGUUGAGUGGCCUAUCAAACAUUCUGCGGCAUUUUCAAGAAUGGGAAUAUCACCUGUCCGUGGUGUGCUUCUGCAUGGGCCUGCUGGAUGCUCUAAAACAACUCUUGUUAAGGCUGCAGCUAACGCUGCCCAAGCUUCCCUUUUUUCCUUGAGUUGUGCAGACUUAUAUUCAAUGUAUGUUGGAGAGGGUGAAGCAUUGCUGCGUAACAUAUUCCAAAAAGCUCGCCUUGCAGCUCCUAGCAUAAUAUUUUUUGAUGAGGUUGAUAUUGUUGCUGCCAAACGAGGUGGGGAUUCAAGUAAUAGCAGUACAGUUGGAGAGAGGCUUCUAUAUACUUUGUUGACCGAAAUGGAUGGUCUGGAAGAAGCUAAGGGAAUUCUUGUAUUAGCUGCCACAAAUCGUCCUAAUGUAAUAGAUGCUGCUCUUAUGCGUCCAGGGCGUUUUGAUAUGGUGUUGUAUGUACCUCCACCUGAUUUUGAGAGUCGAUAUGAGAUACUUCUUGUUCAUACCCAUAAAAUGAAAAUAGGCGAUGAUGUUGAUCUAAGAAGAAUAGCAGAAGAUACAGAGUUCUUUACAGGGGCAAAUCUAAAAUGUCUUUGUAAUGAAGCUGGAUUUGCUGCUCUGAGGGAAGACAUGUCAGCCACUAUCAUGUGCAACCGUCAUUUCAAGAUUGUAAAGGAGUCGCUGAAACCAACAUUAACUAGGGCGGAUAUAGAAGAGCACUUAUCAUUUAUGAAGACCCGCAAGACCUCUUCUAACCGAAUUGGAUCUUAUAAUGGUGAUCGCGGUGGACAGAGUCACAAGUUGUUCCGUAUGACUUCUACUCUUAUAAUUGGUGUAUUAAGCUUUGUAUUGCUUGCAUUGUUAGAGGUGUGCAUUGGUCGGUUUGUUUUGAGAUAUGCCAAAGCCGAACAUAUCCGAAUUUAUUUUUAAAAAAACCGAACUGAACUGAAAUUUUUGAUUUUUUUUUACCUGCUAAAGAACUAUUAAUAUUCAUAAAUCAUGCAACCUGUUAAGCCUACUCGUUUUCAAUUAAUAUUGCGAGGGAAACAAUCACAUUGGGACAUGCUAAUAAAACAUGCUUUUAUCACAACUAAAUCUACUCGUUUUCAAGUAUAUCAACCUUCAAUUCAAAAUACCAAAUCCAUAAUCAACAAUACAAAUUUAGAAGGUCUGAUAUCUUAAAAAAUUCCGACCUUGUAGCACUUUUUUGAUCUUACCACAUUGAAAAUUUGUCAAAUUGAUACGCAUAUUUUAUAUAGGAUUUUUCCAAGUAUUUGAUAUAGUAUUAUUGCAUAUUUUGAGGAUAUUAUGCUUGGAAAGGUGUUUAUUUUGUAGGUUUAUGCGUAUGGAGUGAAGCGAAUCAAUUUGGAGCAAAUUGGAGAAAAGCUGGAAAAAGUGCCUAGUUCCUCAAAAGUGCCUCCAGACACUAUUGAGGAACUGGCCCGGAUUACAAUCUGCGAAUCCUUUGUGGCCAAUUCCUCAAAAGUGCCUCCAGACACUAUUGAGGAACUGGCCUGGAUGUACCUGCGAACCUAAAACGUGAAAAUCCUUUUUCAACGCGGAUUUGGAUCCGAUUUCAACUACAACUCUUGCAACACAUCAAGGACUCCUCCACUAUAUAAAGACAUCUCAAGAUCAUGUAUUCUAUCUAGUUUUUCAUUAUUUUCUUUUCUACAAAUAAUUUGUCUUAGGUUAAUUUUCUUUUAGUCCUUAGUUUUAUUUCAAGACUUAAAUCUUCGAAGCUUUGAUUCGAAGACUUGUGUUCCGAAUUAUUCCAGGUUUUUAUUCAAGUAUUUUUAUUUUCAA